UCAAUCCAGACCGGGAGCACCAUUGUAACGGAGCUCCCCAUUGGUCGCCCGCUACCCAUGUAACCAAUCAGACCGCGGCUACCAUGGUGGAAGGAAUAAAUACAAGAUGGCUCCUCAUAUAAAGGCAGUUAUCUUUCUCCUCCGCGGCCACGGUAAAAUAUCGCCAUUAAUCCGGUUUAACCGGCGUACCGGCUUCCGUUGUGGCCCUGAGGAGUGAUUAACCCAUCGGGAGCUGGAAUAAAGGCCGGUUGUGGCCGGCGGCGAUGCGGGUUGCUUUAGCCGGCGCCAUGCACUAGCUGCAUCUGCUGUCCCGGAGGCAGAGGCGGGUCGCAGCUUGGAAUCUAGGCCCCGGCUCCCACAAGGCCCUCAGCCCCUACUCGGGACGACCUCGCUUAGCCCGCGGGGGGCAGAGCGCAGCCCUGUGUUCACCCCUGUGGGGAAGGGUGUCGUCAUGGCCGUGUCCAGGUUAGACCGCCUCUUUAUUUUACUGGACACCGGGACAACUCCAGUAACAAGAAAAGCAGCUGCACAGCAACUUGGCGAGGUGGUCAAACUGCACCCUCAUGAACUUAACAACUUGUUAUCCAAAGUCUUGAUCUACCUGCGCAGUCCAAACUGGGAUGCCCGGAUUGCAGCUGGGCAAGCUGUGGAAGCAAUUGUAAAAAAUGUUCCAAGAUGGAACCCAGCGACCCGGAUGAAGAGAGAGACUGGCUCAGAGUGUUCUAAUGAUGACUCUUCACUAUCGGACCGGCUGAGUUUUGACAGGUUUGAUAUAUCGAGACUGCUCAAACAUGGUGCCUCUCUCCUGGGCUCUGCUGGCGUGGAAUUUGAAGUGCAAGAUGACAAAUCGGUGGAAGUGGACCCCAAGGAAAGGAUCGCGCGACAAAGGAAACUGUUACAGAGAAAACUAGGCCUUGACAUGGGAGCUGCGAUAGGCAUGAACACCGAAGAACUAUUUAAUGAUGAGGAUUUGGACUACAUGCCGACUAACACACUUGUAAAUAAACCUACUCUCCAAGCCGCAGAGUUUAUUGACUCAGAGUUUCUUCCGGGCAUGAGUAACAGGCAGAAAAAUAAAGCCAAGCGAAUGGCAAAACUGAUUGCAAAGCAGAGAUCCCGUGAUGUAACUGAGACCAAUGAAAAGAGCAGUGAUAGUACGGAUGGGGAGCCUGAGGAAAAGAGGAGGAAAGUGACAAAUGUUGUCAUCAGUCAGCCAGCAACAGAGUCCAAAGUACUGAUUGAUAAUGUACCUGAUAACUCUUCCCUUUUUGAUGAGACAAAAGAGUGGCCCCUGGAGAGUUUUUGUGAAGAGCUUUGUAAUGAUCUGUUUAACCCAUCUUGGGAGGUGCGGCAUGGUGCUGGCACUGGUCUCAGGGAGAUUCUCAAGGCACAUGGUAAAAGUGGAGGCAGGAUUGCUGACAGCACACCUGAAGAGAUGGAGCAGCAGCAUCAAGAAUGGCUUGAGGAUUUGGCUAUCCGCCUCCUGUGUGUCUUUGCAUUAGACCGAUUUGGGGAUUUUGUUUCAGAUGAAGUGGUUGCCCCAGUGCGGGAGACGUGUGCACAGACGUUGGGGGUGGUUCUCAAACACAUGAAUGACAGUGGAGUUCAUAAAACUGUGAAAAUCCUGCUGCGCUUAUUGAUACAAGAGCAGUGGGAAGUGAGGCAUGGGGGACUGCUAGGGAUAAAGUACACACUGGCUGUUCGUCAGGAUUUAAUUAAGACGUUAUUACCAAAAGCACUACCAGCAAUAAUCGAAGGUCUUCAGGACCUUGAUGAUGAUGUGCGGGCUGUAGCAGCGGCAUCUUUAGUGCCUGUUGUGGACAGUUUGGUCAGGUUGCAGUUUAAACAGGUUCCUUUUAUUCUUGGCACUUUAUGGGAUGCACUUCUGGAGUUAGAUGACCUAACGGCCUCUACUAAUAGUAUCAUGACCCUUCUCUCUUCACUUUUAACGUACCCUCAGGUUCAGCAGUGCAAUAUUCAGCAAUCUCUCUCCAUAUUAGUACCACGGGUAUGGCCUUUCCUGCGUCAUAUUAUAUCAUCCGUUCGAAAGGCAGCGCUGGAAACAUUAUGCACCUUGUUGUUCACACAGGACCAGAGCUGUACAGGCUGGCUGACCCCUAUCUUGCAGGACAUGCUGCGGCAUAUAUUUCAGCUAUGUAUUCUGGAGAGCAACCAGGAAAUUCUUGACCUUAUCCAAAAGGUGUGGCAGGAAUUGAUACACAAGGCCUCUGUGCAGUAUGUGGUGGCUGCUGCUUGCCCCUGGAUGGGUGCUUGGCUUUGUUUAAUGAUGCAACCUUCUCAUCUACCUAUCGAUUUAAACAUGCUGCUAGAGGUGAAGCCCAAGUCAAAGGAAAAAGCAGGUUGCAAGCUGCGUCAAGGUCCGUGCCAGAUAAAGGAAGCCACACAGGAGUAUAUCGCUGGUUCAGACAGUGUGACUGAUGACUCCGCCACUAGGGACUACGUGGUGACCCGAGCUCGUGUUGCUGCAGCAAAAUUGUUAGGAUCAUUAUGCUGCUGCAUCUGUGACCCCAGUGUAAAUACAUCCUGUCAGGAGAUAAAGCCUGCCGAGUCACUGGCUCAGCUGCUACUCUUCCACCUGAACUCCAAGUCGGCCUUGCAGAGGAUCAGCGUGUCUCUCGUUAUUUGUGAAUGGGCAGCGUUGCAAAAGGAAUGCAAGACAGUAGUCCUCGCAGUCCAGCCACGCCUCCUUGCAGUUCUCUCAGAGCAUCUGUAUUACGAUGAGAUUGCAAUCCCUUUCACACGGAUGCAGAAUGAGUGUAAACAGCUCAUUUCCGCCCUGGCUGAUGCUCAAAUAGAUAUUCGGAGCAAAGUGAACUGCAGCGUAUUCACCAUAGACCAAGCUAAUGACUUGGUUACUACAAUUUUCAAUGAAGCUACCGGUCCGUGGGUUAAUACUAAACUCUACCAGCAACUGGAUGGAAAGAGACAACAAGUGCAGAUGACCGUAAUGGAAACCAAUCAGGAGUGGCAGGUCCUGCAGCUCAGGGUGCACACGUUUGCUGCUUGUGCCAUCGUCAACAUCAUGCAGCUUCCAGAGAAGCUGAAUCCAGUAAUUAAACCAUUAAUGGAGGUUGUGAAAAAGGAAGAGAAUACUGUGGUGCAGAACUAUGCAGCCCUGUCUAUUGCCAAACUGCUGCAACAAUGCAUCAGAAGGACUCCCUGCCCAAACCCCAAAAUUCUUAAGAACCUCUUCAGCUCAGUGUGUGUGGAUCCCAAUAUCACCCCUUCUGUGAGCUGCCCUGCCCCUACCCUGAACAAUAUGGACACUUUAAAAGGAUCAAAUUCUGAAAAAGAUGGAGCAUGCCACACGGUCACAAAGCACAGAGGAAUAAUUACCCUGUACAGACAUCAACAAGCCGCUUUUGCAAUUACUAGCAGACGGGGCCCAAUUCCUAAAGCUACAAGAGCUCAGGUGUCUGAGUUGCCAACGGGAAGUGGUGGCCACGGUCCCCCAGAGUCUGAUGAGGCUCAGAAACAACAGUUAAUUCAGAGAAGAGGAGCAGAGUUUACACUUGCUACUAUUGCAAAACACUUUGCCUGCGAUUUGGCCAUAGGACUGCCACAUCUAUGGGAAGCGAUGGUUGGACUUCUGAGGAGCAACAUUAACAUUGACUGUUUUGAUGGCAAGCUUCUCUUGGCUAGAGGAGAUGAGAGUGCUCAGGAACUAGUAAACAGUCUCCAAGUGUUUGAAGUCACCGCCUCUUCCAUGGAUUCAAAGCUUCACCCUUUGCUGCUACAACAUCUUCCUCAUCUAUUCAUGUGCCUUCAACACCCGUACACAGCAGUGAGACACAUGGCCUCUCGAUGUGUAGGAGUUAUGAGCCGGAUUGCUACCAUGGAAACUAUUAAAGUCUUUUUGGAGAAAGUUUUGCCGUGGCUCGGAGCGAUUGAUGAUAACACAAAGCAGGAGGGGGCCAUUGAAGCACUAGCCUGUGUCAUGGAGCAGCUGGAUGUUGGAAUUGUCCCUUACAUUGUCCUCCUGGUGGUGCCUGUUUUGGGUAGAAUGAGUGACCAGACAGACAGUGUGCGCUUCAUGGCAACGCAGUGCUUUGCAACACUCAUCAGGCUAAUGCCUCUAGAGGCUGGGAUCCCAGAUCCACCCACUAUGUCGGAGGAGUUAAUUAGACUAAAAGCCAGGGAGCGCAGCUUCUUGGAACAGCUGCUGGACGGAAAGAAAUUGGAAAAUUAUACAAUUCCAGUUCCAAUAAAAGCUGAGUUGAGGAAAUAUCAACAGGAUGGAGUGAAUUGGUUGGCCUUCCUGAAUAAAUAUAAAUUACACGGCAUUCUCUGUGAUGACAUGGGACUGGGAAAGACUUUGCAGUCUAUAUGUAUUCUUGCAGGAGACCAUUUCCUCAGAUCUCAGGAGUAUUCCAGAAGUAAGACUGCGGACUGCAUGCCUCAUCCAUCAUUGGUCGUAUGUCCCCCAACCUUGACUGGGCACUGGGUGGAUGAAGUCGGGAAGUUCUGCUCUAAAGAAUAUCUGAACCCAUUGCAUUACACUGGGCCACCAACAGAACGAGCCAGGUUACAGCACCAGGUUAAGAGACACAACUUAAUCGUGGCUUCUUAUGAUGUUGUGAGGAAUGAUAUAGACUUUUUCAGAAAUAUGAAAUUUAAUUAUUGUAUUCUGGAUGAAGGCCAUGUAAUUAAGAAUGGAAAAACGAAAUUGUCAAAAGCAGUAAAGCAGAUAACUGCCAAUUAUAGAAUUAUCCUUUCUGGAACACCAAUUCAGAACAAUGUUUUGGAGCUGUGGUCAUUAUUUGACUUCCUCAUGCCUGGCUUUUUAGGAACAGAACGGCAGUUUGCUGCAAGAUACGGAAAGCCUAUAUUGGCAAGUAGGGAUGCUAAGAGCUCCUCUCGUGAACAAGAAGCCGGUGUCCUUGCAAUGGAGGCAUUGCAUCGGCAGGUUUUGCCAUUCCUGCUUCGGAGAAUGAAAGAGGAUGUAUUGCAAGAUCUUCCUCCUAAAAUUAUCCAAGAUUACUACUGUUCUCUAAGUCCUUUGCAGGUGCAGUUAUAUGAAGAUUUUGCAAAAUCUAGAGCCAAAACAGAUGUUGAUGAAUCCGUGUCAACGUCUGCGCUGGCGGAAGAGUGCGACAAGCCGAAGUUGAAAGCCACAGGACAUGUCUUCCAGGCCCUGCAGUAUUUGCGGAAGCUAUGCAACCACCCUGCUUUGGUUCUGUCUGCACAACACCCAGAGUACAAGAAGAUCACUGAGCAACUAGCUACUCAGAACUCCUCUCUACGAGAUAUUCAGCACGCCCCCAAACUAUCUGCAUUAAAACAACUACUUUUGGACUGUGGACUGGGUAACGCUGGCACCCCAGAGAGUGGCACUGAAGCAGUUGUAGCCCAGCAUAGGAUAUUGAUCUUCUGUCAGCUGAAGAGUAUGCUUGAUAUUGUGGAACAUGACCUUCUAAAGCCUCACCUGCCCUCGAUUACAUAUGUACGGCUAGAUGGAAGUAUACCUGCCGGCCAAAGACAUUCCAUUGUAUCCAGGUUUAAUAAUGAUCCUUCCAUAGAUGUUCUGCUGCUGACCACCCACGUGGGUGGCUUGGGUCUCAACCUAACUGGAGCAGACACUGUAGUAUUUGUGGAACAUGACUGGAAUCCAAUGAGAGAUCUCCAAGCAAUGGACAGAGCACAUCGUAUUGGACAGAAACGUGUAGUCAAUGUGUACCGGCUGAUAACCAGAGGGACGCUGGAAGAGAAGAUAAUGGGCCUGCAGAAAUUCAAAAUGAGUAUAGCAAACACUGUAAUAAGUCAAGAAAAUGCCAGCCUGCAGAGUAUGGGUACUGACCAGCUGCUGGACCUGUUCACCAUUGAUAAGGACGGAAAGAGUGAGAAGAUGGAGACAUCUGAUGCCAGCGGAAAGAGUUCAAUGAAGUCCAUCCUGGAUAACCUUGGAGAACUGUGGAACCAGGAGCAGUACGACUCUGAAUUUAGUCUCGAUAGUUUUAUGCGUUCUCUCAAAUAAACAUGUUAUUUCGGCUGCUGCUACAUCAUCCGUCUUUCUGCUGAUAUUCAGCAAGAACCGGGAUGGUACUAUGAACGUCGACUUAGGGUUUUUACUAGACUGUUUCAAGAAGCAAUUGGCGGACCAUCCUCAAAAUGGGAGAAAAUGUGUCACAUGAAUUAUAUGCAGUCUUAACAUGAGGAUAAAAGAGGCUUGGAUUCUUA